CAUUCAAUCCAAGUCACAACAACCACCCACCCACAACCACCACCAACAUGGAAACAAACCACCACAACAUGGGCGGGGCUCCGCCGCCACCGUCAUGGUUCAACGCCACCCACCCCCACCACAAAACCACGCUGAUGCACAUGACGUUCUACUGGGGCAAGCGAGUCCAGGUCCUCUUCACGGGUUGGCCCGGAAACAGCACCGCCAUGUACGCUUUAGCCCUGACCUUCGUCUUCGCUCUAGCCGUGAUCGUCGAGUGGCUCUCUCAAUGCAACUUGAUCAAGCCAGGCGCAAACCGGGUCGCAGCCGGGUUCUUCCAGACUGGGGUCCACACGAUUCGCGGGGCCAUUGCGUACUUGGUGAUGCUCGCUGUCAUGUCCUACAACGGCGGCGUUUUUCUGGCGGCGGUUUUGGGUCAUGCGGUCGGGUUUGCGGUUUUCGGUAGCGGGGUUUUUUUCAAGGGUAAACCGUAAUAUCUUCCUUCGAUCGAGUGUUGUGUUGAUGAUGAGGUUUAGGUACUGGGCCUGGGUUUGAAUAAUGGGUUCUUUUGUGUUUGGUCUCUAGGAUCGGGAAUGAAUGUUGUUGGGCUUACACUGUGGGCCCAACAAAAGAAAUGUUGAGAUUGCAGCUGUACUUCCUCUUUUUUUUUUUUUGAAAAAAUUACCAAAAAAAAAAGGCACUUGUAACAAAAUAAAUCUUAAUUUUUAAA